AUGAUUAUUGCUGUAAAAGUUUUCAAGCUUGAUCAACUUGGAGCACCAAAAAGCUUUGCUGCCGAGUGUGAGGCCUUCAGAAACACUCGUCAUCAUAAUCUUGUAAGGGUGAUUUCUGCCUGCUCAACAUGGGACAACAAAGGAAAUGAUUUCAAGGCUCUUAUUAUUGAAUACAUGGCUAAUGGCACCAUAGAGAGCUGGAUUUAUUCAGAAACAAGAAGACCAUUGAGUUUGGGCUCCAGAGUAACAAUAGCAGUGGACAUAGCUGCUGCAUUGGAUUAUUUACAUAACAGCUGUGUGCCCCCUAUAGUCCAUUGUGAUUUGAAGCCUAGCAAUGUGCUACUAGAUGAUGCCAUGGGUGCCCGUCUCAGUGACUUUGGGUUAGCUAAGUUCCUCCAAAGUCAUGACUCUUCAAGUACUAUUACUUCUACGAGCUUAGCAGGACCGAGAGGGUCAAUUGGAUACAUUGCACCAGGUAAACUUUUACUAUGUUAUUAUUAG